CAGGUUGGUCCAUACAGUAACCGACAAGAGACGUACACGUACUUUUCUUUACCAUUCUGCCGAGGUCCAAAGGAAUCUAUUGGGCAUUAUCAUGAAACCAUGGGUGAAUCGCUACUGGGGAUUGAACUGGACUUCUCCGGAUUGGACAUAAAAUUUAGAACCAACACGAAGAAGACAGUAUACUGUAAGAAAAAAUUGACUGCAGACGAGUAUCAAACAUUCGUUUACGCCAUCAAAAACAGUUAUUUCUACCAGAUGUACCUGGAUGAUAUGCCAAUAUGGGGCAUGGUUGGUGAGGUGGAUGACACUAAAACACCUCCCACGUACAAACUUUACACUCAUAAACAAUUGGACAUUGGCUAUGCUGAUAAACAGGUUGUUGAUGUUAAUCUCACUUCCGGUGGUCAUGUCGAGAUUCAUCCGGGCGUAGAAUUGGAAUUUACCUACGAGGUCAAAUGGGUGCAGUCAUCUAUCAAGUUUGCUGACCGAUUUGACAAGUACCUCGAUCCAAGCUUCUUCCAACACAGAAUCCACUGGUUCUCUAUCUUCAACAGUUUCAUGAUGGUUGUUUUCCUUGUCGGAUUAGUUUGGAUGAUUCUUGUGAGGACACUACGUAAAGAUUACGCCAGAUACCAGAAAGAAGAUAGCAUUGAUGAUUUGGAUGCUGAUUUGGGGGAUGAAUACGGUUGGAAGCAAGUACAUGGAGAUGUCUUCCGCGCUCCAUCAAUGCCAUUAUUGUUCGCAAGUUGCAUUGGCGCCGGCUACCAUGUGUUUACUGUUGCAGUCAUAACAAUUGUGCUUGCCAUUGUCGGCGAAUUUUAUACAGAGUGA